AUGGUUCAGUUCAGUUGUAUCUUUCGGGAAGGUCAAGGAGCGAAGCACAGCAAUGGCGAACCCAGAGGAAGAAGAUAACGACUUGCUGCGGCGGCAGCAGAAGCAACAGACGGAGAAGACGGUCAUCAAGAUCCCGUCUUACCAUGAAGUAGUCGAGAGCUCUCAAUCGAAAUCCACCCCGCCGUCUCUCUUCUCCCCAUCCCCGACCUUCUCCCAGGCCUUCUCUUUCAUCAAAUCCUCCGAGUUCUACUCUCCCCCGCCGCCAGCUGCCACACCUCCUCCUGCCGCCACCGGAUCCCAGUCCUCCUCUGCCGGUGCAUCAACCUCCGGCCUGUCUGGUCAGCCCAAUGUGGUGACAUCGCCGUCUCCGUCAUCAUCUUCCUCAUCCUAUGGUGGGCAGAGUCGGAAUGCGAUUCUCGUCAGCCAUAGACAGAAGGGAAAUCCAUUGCUCAAACACAUCAGGAAUGUGAGAUGGGCAUAUGCGGACAUUGUCUGCGACUAUUUGCUCGGGCAGAGCUCGUGUGCUCUCUACUUGAGCCUUCGGUACCAUCUUCUGCAUACAGAUUACCUCUAUUAUCGCAUAAGGGAGCUGCAGAAGAACUUCAAACUUCGGGUUGUAUUAUGCCAUGUUGAUGUGGAGGAUGUUGUUAAGCCGCUACUCGAGGUUACAAAGACGGCCCUGCUCCAUGAUUGCACGCUCUUAUGUGCUUGGAGUUUAGAAGAAUGUGGCCGCUACUUGGAGACGAUAAAAGUAUACGAGAACAAGCCCGCUGAUAUUAUCCAAGGACAGAUGGACACUGAUUAUCUAUCACGGCUCUCUCAUGCUCUAACAACUGUUCGGCACGUUAACAAAACCGAUGUAGUGACCCUUGGUUCAACAUUUGGGUCUCUUUCUCAUAUAAUGGAUGCUUCCAUGGAAGAUUUGGCUCGUUGCCCUGGCAUAGGAGAACGGAAGGUGAAGCGAUUAUAUGAUACUUUCCACGAACCAUUCAAGCGAGUAAUUCCAAGCGGCCCCAUCACUCCAGAAGCUCCGGUUGCAAGAGUCGCUGAAGCUGCUGACCCAGCUGCAGAAGCCCAGGAACCAAGAAUAGAUAGCGAAGGCACAGAAAAAAGGAGGAAGAAAGAGCCUGAGGCUACUGUAAAGUCAGCCCUAUAUGCUGCUUUUGCAAAGUAUGCCGAUAAAGUUGGUAAAAGAAACAUCAAAGCUCGAGGAGAGAAAGGAGAAUCAAGUAGCAGAGACGCAGAAGCUGAAACUUGAAGAGGUCAAUUUUUUCUUUACUAAAUAUGCUCUUGGCUCGAUAGGCACAGCUGAUUUGCUGUGAUUUAACGUUUUCUUUUUUCUUUUGGUUUAUUGUUAGGAUAUAGGAAUACCAGAUGUUGACAUGUAACUUCUUGUAUUUAUAUAUUUAGUAUGUAAUGAUCUCAAGAAUACAAUUGUACCUUUCAAAGAUGAACUGCGGUAACUUUGUUUCCAGUCCUUAUUUUAGUAGAAUCUACGUUUAUUCA